AUGUGGCUUCGAAGUUUUUUGAGGUCCAUGCUGCUAGGAGUUCCAAUCGGCGUAACAUUCUUGGAUACAGUCGGUUACGUGGCUAGAGUUGAAGGCAUCUCUAUGCAACCUGUACUUAAUCCUGAAUCGAAAAACACGGACUACGUCUUUCUGUCAAGGUGGUCAGUGAAAGAUUACAAUAUAAAACGAGGUGACAUAAUUUCUCUAGUAUCUCCAAAGGAUCCAAAUCAGAAGAUAAUAAAACGAGUUGUGGCGUUAGAAGGUGAUAUUGUGAGUACGCUAGGCUAUAAAAACCAGUUUGUGCGUGUGCCAGAAGGUCAUAUAUGGGUAGAAGGCGAUCACACUGGACAUACUUUGGAUAGUAAUACAUUUGGUCCUAUUUCAUUGGGUUUGGUAAAUGCAAGAGCUGUUUGUAUAGUUUGGCCGCCUGAAAGAUGGCAGGCCUUAGUAGCUAAAGUCCCUGAACACAGAAUGCCAGUAAGCUCACAGAUAUGA